AUGGAUAGUCUUCGAGCUGGUAUUGCUAAAGUACAAGAAAUUAGUGAUAAGAACAAAGUGGAUGCUAAUGAAAAGAAAGCUAAUAAUCCCAAUUUACCGCAGGACGUUAGAACAGAAGCGGCAUUAGAUGCAGAAAAAUAUAAAAUUCAUGAAGAAAGACAUGCAAAGAAAGCAGACUAUUACGAAGCAAAAGGAAAACAAGAACACACAACAGAUAGAGUUUAA